AUGGUUCGUGUUAUCCGAAUCGCGGCCAGAUCUAGGAUACAUCAACCUGAGGCCUUGCAACAGCGCGUCGGAUUCGACAUUCUCAAGAGUCCCUCGGAGUCUGGGGAUGGCACUGAUUGUAUUCCGACGUCUGUAUACGUGGCUCAGAAGCUGUCUAUUCUCAAGUGUGGAGACCCUAAUAUGGUCGCCAGUCGUUUGUGUUCCUUUGUUCGUAAACUUUAUCCCUCAUCAGCUGCAGAGGCACUGCGACGUCUGGUGGCUAGCACUGGGUUUCCCAGCUUCGAGCCAGCCCCUUCAUCCCUUUUGACAUUGCCGGGGUGCUCCAGCACCGUGGGCUACUCCAUUUCUCCCCAACAGUCCAGGACGCUAGGACGGAGCCAGAUGGUCCCUUCAACUUCCACCACCGUUCCUACUUCUCAACUAGCUUCUCAGGGUUCGCCUAGUCAGAUAAUAUACUCUGAAGACUCUGGUGGCACUGGUCUACAGGCCCAACUGACCUGCGAAUCCUCAGAGCCAGUUUCAGAUGUAAACAUGCAAAAUACCCACGAAAUCAUUACUCGGCUUCCAUUACCGAGGAGUUUGGGUGAUCUGCCCGUGCUAUCUUCAGCUUGUGUAACCAAUAGGGAUACUCCUUAUGAGGCGCAUCAACCCCACUCCCAGAUGCCGAAUAUUUUAUAUUCUGACUCUACAGACCAGAAAAUUCGAGCCUUGUAUGGCCUUAGUUCAUCACCAAGAAUGCCGAGGCAACCUGGCCAGCAGACCGGCCUGGAGUCCAGCAUCAAACUAGUCGACUCAGAAUUCAGAGAGGAGGAUACCCAAAGGGUGAUAACAUUGACUCGGGGAGCUGAUUGUUCCUUGCCGGGUCAGCUCAGUCCUGUUCGGGCAGAGAGCAUAACAGGGGCAUGCCCAUGCGGAUCAAGGCAUCCUAUUACAGAGGCAGGGGCGUUUUCCAGUAGCCAAAAGAUACGAGCACAUGCGACCUCCUCUUGUCAAGGUCCAUCCAGAAUCUCGGCCGGUAAGGAGGUCUGGUCUCCCGGAUCAUGGAUUCUGCGCGAGACAAAGGGCAAAGAGGCUGUUAAAGCAAGUGGCGGCUGUACUCCGUGGCUGACCAGCCACCAGACAAGAAAUAUGAGUCCGCUUCUGUCCGGGAAUGGGGCCGGUGCUGAGGAAACGGGUGAUUUGACGAGUAAGUAUAGGCUCGUGUAA